GGGGUUUACAGUCCCGCCCCCUCGCACUGCACUGUCUCUCUGCCCUAGGGGCAGAGGGGUCUUCCCAACCCUACCCCGAUUUUCGGUGAUUUUUGUGUGAGAAUAUUAAUAUUAAAAAUAAAAUCAGAAAAAAAGUUUUGUUUGGGUAACGUGCUGGUGAUAACAGGGAAGAGUACUGGGAGGAGGGCUGCACGCUGGUGAUUGAUGGGGAGGGACUGCGCAGACCCCGGGAGGGUGAGCCCCUCCCCGGAGGCGCCUGUGGAAUGUCCAGAGCUCUGGUCCGCUCCACGGUAUGGGGGGUGCCUAAUCCUGGAGUCGCAUUCCAGGAUAAGGGGGGUGGGGAGAGGCUGGGCCGGGGGAGGAGCAGGAAAGAGGGCUAUAAGGGCCGCGGUCCAGGCAGCCCAGGCGGGCGGGAGCUAGGCGGGCCAUGGCGGAUGUCCCGGGGGCGAUGCGACCAGUUCACGGCGGCGGCAGCCCAGAGCCCCGGGACCCCCUGGACUGCUGGGCCUGCGCUGUGCUGGUCACGGCCCAGAAUCUGCUGGUGGCUGCCUUCAAUCUUCUCCUGCUGGCGCUGGUGCUGGGGACCAUCCUGCUACCCGCUGUCACCAUGCUAGGCUUCGGCUUUCUCUGUCACUCCCAGUUCCUGCGCUCCCAGGCCCCUCCUUGCACCGCGCACCUGCGGGACCCGGGCUUCACGGCCCUGCUGGUCACCGGAUUCCUGCUCCUCGUUCCGCUGCUCGUGCUUGCCCUGGCCAGCUACCGCCGCCUCUGCCUGCGCCUCCGCCUGGCCGAUUGCCUCGUGCCCUACAGCCGAGCCCUCUAUCGGCGCCGGCGCGCCCCGCAGCAGCCGCGGCACACCCGGGCCUCACCAGGGUCUCAGGCCGUUCCCACACCAGGAAAGGUCUGGGUCUGAGGACCCUCAGGUCAAGAACAACCCUGACGACUGCCCUCCCUCCCAGUCGGCAAAAGGACUUGAAGCCCGGGGGUCUCCCGACCUACCCUGCCCCCACUCCUGCCUAAGCUGAGUCCUAGCGUCCCCUUGGGGAGCAGCACCUGUGGACCCAAUGCUGGUGAAAACUUGCCACACCCCAGAAAACCCACUUUCCUCUCACUACCCAUAUCUAAAUCCUGAACAUCUGGGCUGGACCCUGCACACCCUCUGCCCGUCUUGUGAAAAGGCAACGCAACCUCGUGUUCGCCUUUUCUGGUGCGGUUCCUCUAGUAUUUACGGGCUGCAGGGCGAGGUUGGAGGUAAAGGAAUGAUCACACAUCAAUAAAGAAUUAAUGAACUGAA